GCACAGCACAGCGCGCUUCCCUCUCCUCCCGCAGCACAGCAGCGCGUUUGUGUACGGUGCCAUGAGCUUCACGGACAAGAUGGCCAAUGGCCUGGCUGUGAUGAUGAUCCAGAACCUGCACCCCUGCCCGACUGAGCUGUGCUGCCCUGCCUGUGUCAGCUUCUACCGCUGGGUGAUGGUGCUGGUCACCGGCGGCAUCGCUGUCGCUGCUGUCACCACCCUCUGCUCCAUCAUGGUGUGGCCCAUCCGGAUCCGCUGCCGUGCUGUCAGCCUGCAUGGGCUGAGGAGCGCGAGGACCCCUGAAAGUGGCACUGGGAGCACUGAGGGAGAGAGCCACAGCAGCACUGUCAAUUGAGCGGGGCUGUGUCCUUGGCCACCGUGUCCUCAGGGCUGUGUCCCCAGGGCUGUGUCCUCGGCCACCACGG